AUGAAGAUCCUGAGCCGCGCGCUGCCUCUGCUUCUCCUCGUGUGCUUGCAGGCGACAGUUGCGAGCGCGGGAUUCCUGCGUCGAAAGUUCUACGGCUCCGGGGCUGUGGAUGUGGCAGACGCGAAUGGCAGUGAACCCAUCAGGAAAGCAAAGUCAGACAGGCGAACCUACUACCACACGACCCUGGAAUCUGGGCUGAGAGUUCUUUUGGUUGAAGAUCCUGAAGCUCAGAAAUCCAGUUAUGCCAUGGCAGUGGAGGUGGGCUCUUUGGAGGACCCCAAGCAGUUUCAGGGACUAGCCCACUUCUGUGAGCACAUGGUGUUUCUGGGCUCGAAGAAAUACCCGGAGGAGGACAAGUUUUCCAACAGGUUGGCUUUCUUCGGUGGAGAAAGCAAUGCCUACACAGCUAGUGAUCAGACAGUGUAUUAUGCCGAGGUCAGUGAUGAAGGCUUUCGAGAGACUUUCGACAUCUUUGCGCAGUUUUUUGUCGAGCCAUCUUUUGCUGACAGCAUGGUGGACAAAGAGAUCAAUGCUGUGGACUCUGAACACAAGAAGAACAUGCCUGAUACCACAUGGAGGCUUUUUCAUUUGAUGAAGUCGCGUGCAAACCCACUGAGUCCAGUAAGCAAGUUCUCAACAGGGAAUCUGAAGACGCUGAAGACGGACCCAGAAAAGGAAGGCAUGCACCUGUCGGAAGCUUUGAAGGUAUUUCACCAGGAACAUUAUUGCCCAUCCAGGAUGCACUUGGUGAUCAUGCAGAACUCCUCGAUUGCCAAGCAGUUGCAGUCCGUGCACAGCAGUUUCGACGUCCUCAAUAGCAGGACCAGCAAAUGCCAGCCGCGACCCACCUAUGACAACAUCACGAUGUACAGCCACCAGCUUGGCAAUCUCGGCAGGAAGUUCACUGUGCACACAGAUGGUGCUCCACAGCUGUGGUUGCUAUUUCCCACAGUCUCACUCAGAGGCAAGUACAAGGAGCAGCCGGAAGCAUAUAUUCACUAUGCCAUGAACCACUACGGUCCAGGUGGUCUGAAAGCCUUGCUCAAGCGCGAGGACCUUUCAUUAAGCUAUUCCACAAUGGCGGAGACGUCAGCUGCGGGCACGCUCCUAAUCGUGAUUUUUUCGCUCACCGAAAGAGGCGUGCAGGAAUCGGGCCGCAUCAUGGAGUACUUCUUCAGCUAUUUUCGAAGUUUGCAGAAGCAUGGCAUUGACAAGGGCAGUCUCCGGAAAAUCCAGAUGCUUAAUCAGGUUAUGUUUGACUACCAGGACCGAUCCGGAUCAGAAUCUGGUUAUGUGACAUCGAUGGCAGGUUCCUUGCCAAAUGUGCAGCCCAGCGAUGUGCUCACUGCUGGCUCUUUGAUUGAUGAGGUUGACGUGAAACUUGCAGGCAAGUUGCUGGACAGUAUCCAUCCAAGAAACGUGAACGUGGCACUGGUCACAUCUGAGAUCCCUUCACACAAGCCCGCCACAAGCCAGAAGCAUGAGCAGUACUACAACUUCAGUUUUUUUGAAGAAGCACUGGAUGAGGACUUGUUACAAAAGCUGACAUCAGCAGGUGGCUUUGGGCUGGAACCGCCUCCAGCAUUGGCAUAUGUGCCGACGAGCUUAGACUUGAUUGAGCCAGUGUCAAAUCGCCUCCCCGAGAAGCUGCCGAAGGAGGGUGUUGAACUAUGGUGGCUUGGCCUCGGGCCGUUUCACUUACCGAAGGCACAGGUGCAGAUCAAAAUCGCAUACCCGCGAGCGAUCAUGAAGAGCCCUGCUCGUUCCGUACUGGCAGCGAUGCAUUCCCGCCUUGUCCAAAUGGUACUCGAGGAACCAUCAGAUGCAUUCCAAAUGUGUGGCCUGAGCUACAGUGUCGUCACUGGUCAUGACGGCCUCAGCAUCUCGUUCUUCGGGUUCAAUGAGCAUCUUCUUCAGCUUAUGCGCCUCGUCAUGCCGCGGGUAAGAGACCCUCGCGUCUCCGAGACUGUUUUCGAGAUUGUCAGGCGACAGAUGGUCCUGGACUUGUCAGAUGUUACGAGUCAACAGCCCUAUCAGCAUGCAAUGGAGGCCUUCGAUCUGGUGACUGUGAGCGAUGCGCAUUCCAGAAAGGAUUUGUUAGUGGCAGCCAGUGACUCCUGGGCCGUGAGCAUGUCGGAGCACGAAGCGAUGCUGCAAGAUAUGUUUGCCAAUCCGGUGCUAACGCUUCUUGUGUCUGGAAACCUGGAUCGUGCUGAAGCAAUGAGCUUGGCUGGUGAAGUGCAGGAGGUUCUAGGCAAGAAGUCUGAAGCUUCUGGUUUCUUAGAGGGUAUUUGGUCGUACCUUACAAACUUCUUCCAUUGGAGAUCGGCAAAGGUUGCCCUAGCUGUGCAAGAGGAGUACCCGCUAGUUCUCAAUCCACAGCAAGAUGUUGAGAUACGAGUGGCGAACCCCAUCCCUCGUGACCCAAAUUCUGCGACCAUUGUCGCAUACCAAUUUGGUGUGCCUUCCUUGGCUGAUCGUGUGCGGUUUGGCUUAAUUUCUAGCAUCAUUGACCGACCGGUGUUUCAAGUCCUGCGCACCGAGCAUCAGUUGGGCUACGUUGUAUUUGGUUUUACAACCGUCCAUUUGGACAUCUUGGAGAUUCGCAUCCUCGUUCAAGGCUUCCGCCAGCCUCCAGACAAUGUUGAGCAGCUCAUUGAUUCGGCGGUGGCGAACCUCACCAAUACCUUUGCAUCCAUGACGAAAGAUGAGUUCAACGUGAGAAAAGACACUAUGCGGCGGGAUCUUGUAAAGCCACCUGCGAAUCUGGCAGAAUUUGCUGGACGUUUCUGGGGGCAAAUUUGGGAUCAAACCUACUGUUUUGACAAGGUUGACAAGCAGCUGAGAUUUUUGGACAGCGCAGCAUUUCAAAGCCCCACAUCUUUGCUGGAGGUGUGGAAGAGCACCACGCAAAGCACGAAUACCACCCAUCGGAAGAAACUGGUGGUGAAACUCUUCGGUUCAGAUCGCGAGACUGGAUCAAGUGUCAUCCCAGAAGUUCAAGCCCGCCAGGACCAGUACGUUGUCACGGAUGUCGAGCACCCCAACAUGCAGGACGCUUGCCACAUGCAAGGCCUUGCGACCUGUGGCACCAGCGGGACAAAGUUCUCAAGGUUUGGUUUCCAGGUUGGCAUCUUUUCCGUUGGUGUGGGCUACAUUGGUGCAUUGGACCACCUGAUCGGGAAGGCAAGCAGCCAGGCCCUCAAGGACUUUCAGCUGACUGUAGAUGCAAGUGAGAAGUCUUGUAGCCUGGAUGGCACUUCUUGGCUGCCGAUCUCAAGGGCAAAAAUAGCGUAUGCACGCAACAGCCAGUACAUGCACGGAAUGUGCCGCCUCAUGGAGCGCGCCUCGCAUCCAAUGGUGAACAGUGGUCCAGAUUCCUUCUUUGCCUCUCGUGACCAAAGACUCAUCGUCCGUUCGUCCUCGGGCGAUCAUGCUCCUGCUGACCCGGUCAAGUUUGAUGAUGGGGGGCGAAUAGGUACGGAUGGGAUCGGUUUGGGCUGCAGCCAAGUCCGCGUGCAGCUUGGCAAUCGCUGGCGGUCCAAUCCGAAGCUAGGCGUAGCCGAGCUGAGUAUUCGGUUCCUUCAUGUUCCCUCCUUCGUGACGCAAGAUUUGAACAUGCCGGCUAAGAUCCGAUCGGAGUUGGUGGCGCCAGCCCAUGAGCCCGGCUUCCCUGACACUUGCCAUGCUGCCACUUUUCACAGGACAUGCUUGUUUGAAGGUGGUGGCCAUCGUCGGAACGUGGUGUUGUCACGAGCUAAAGGCAUGCAAGGCGCUCAUCAGAAGCUGACGACGGUUGCAAGAAACGGAAAUGGCUUCCAAGUUGAAUUGUUUUGGGUUGACAAUGUUGACACGUCCGUAGACGUUCCCCCGGUUGUGCAGAUCGAGGCCUUUGCACUGGGCAGCUCACAGAGGGAGCUCAUCCAGCUCCGUGCAGAUCCAGACGCCAAGGACAAUCACGGCGCCAGGCCAGUGCACCUGGCUGCUUUUGAAGGCAAAGAAAAAGCGUUGCGAGCAUUGUUGGAGGAUCAUCGGAGACUGGCCAUGGCACGUACUGACGGCGGCGCUGAGCCGAUUCACCUUGCUGCUACACGAGGCCACAGUUCGGAAAAUAUGUGGCAACUCAGCGGAAGUUCCAUGUAUAUCCUCUGUGUCUCUUACGUGGCCGACAAGUCUUGA